AUGGAACAAGUCGUAACCAAGGUCUUCUCCGUCACUUUACGUGGUCUAGAUGAGACGAUUCUCAAGUAUAUUAGCGGUGCUGUUGCUGAACAAUUAACUCAUGAGACACGUCUUGAUGCUACGUCUCUCGAAACUCUUUUAUGCACAACUUUGACCCCGUUUUUAUUGGAUACCCACUUUGUCUCGGAUAAAGCGGCAGUGUCGCGCGUAUGUUGCUCGUUGGCGACUAAAUUACUCGCCAGUCCACAAGUACAAGCUCUAUCAACACUUGUGACACAUGAAGAUGAAGUGCGUGUCUUGGAAAAUACUCAGACCAUUGAGGAACAAGCACGGAUGGACAAAGGUGCAGAUGAUGCGGAGCAGCUAUUGGCUCGAAUGUGGGGCUUUGAUAAGAUUCGCAAGACGACAAAUGAUGAGCUUGAAGCACAACAAUCGGCACUUUCGGCCCGUCAAGUGCGUAAACAGGUCAAAUUGGAGCAGCUUACAGUCGAACAAGCCGAGGAACAGGCUGAGAUGGAUCGGGAGUGGGAAGACGCUCGUUUUUUGCCGGAUUUGUCCCAGGAUAAUGGCGAGAAGGACGUUCAUGUGCCUCGUCUUACUAUUAACUUUAAGGGUAAGACGUUACUGUCGGAUACAUCGCUCAAGAUUGUCGCAGGCCGUCGGUAUGGACUUGUGGGCAAGAACGGUGCUGGUAAGACGACGUUGCUUCGGUAUAUUUCACACUACGAGCUCGAAGGAUUUCCGAGACAUAUUCGUAUUCAGUUGGUGGAGCAGGAGUCGGCCUCGAAGCUUAGUAAGGAAGAGCGUAGCGUGCUGGAAGUGGUACUGGCAGCAGAUUACGAACGCACGCUACUGCUGAAGGAAGAGAAGGAGCUCACGGCAAAGGAGGCAAAUGAGGGGGAGGACCACAGUACGAGGCUAAAAGAGAUUUACGACCGACUCGCGAACAUUGACUCAGACACGGCCGAGUCUAGGGCACGCACCAUUCUUAGCGGACUGCAGUUUCCCGACGACGUGAUGGACGGACCGGCAAAGGCGCUUUCCGGUGGAUGGCGUAUGCGGACGGCGCUAGCGGGCGCUCUGUUCAUGUCACCUGACCUGCUGCUACUGGAUGAGCCUACGAACCAUUUGGAUCUUGAAGCGGUGAUCUGGCUGGAACACUACCUGGAAAAGUACGACAAGCAGAUGAUUGUGGUAUCGCACGAUCGAAACUUUUUGAACGCCGUCACCACCGACAUUAUCAACUUGACGCAGCAGAAGCUCAUGUACUACAAGGGCGACUACAAUACAUUCGAAAACACGAUGAAGGAGAACCUGCGUCAGCAGCGCAAAGCCUAUGAUGCCCAGCAAAUGAAGAUUCAGCACAUGCAAGAGUUCAUCGAGCGCUUUCGGGCGAAUGCAAAGAAAGCUCCGCUGGUGCAAUCGCGUGUCAAGGCACUGGAUAAAAUCCUGCGCAAUGAGCUGAUUGAUGAGCCCGAGGAUGAGCGCGCUUUCCGAAUGCAUUUCCCGCCCGCGGAGCCGCUGGGGCGGCCUAUCAUUGCCGUCGAAGGUGUCGGCUUCCGGUAUAAGCCAGAGUCGCCCUUGCUUUUCGCAGACGUGCAUAUGGGCAUCGACAUGUCGAGUCGCAUUGGUAUUCUCGGUGUAAACGGUUCAGGAAAGUCAACGCUCAUCAAUAUCAUGAUCGGCAAGCUGCGUGCGAAUGAGGGCUCAGUCACUUUGAACCCGCGCCUGCGCGUAGCUACGUUUACUCAGCACCACGUCGACUCACUGGAUUUGUCCAAGUCUGCAGUCCAGAACAUGAAGGAGAUGUUUCCAGGCCACGAACCAGACGAAUUUCGUUCGCAUCUUGGACGUUUCAAUUUGUCGGGUGAAUUGGCAAUCAAACCCACACGUACACUAUCAGGUGGCCAAAAGUCUCGUGUUGGUUUUGCACUCAUGACAUGGCGUCUACCUCAUGUUGUGGUACUCGAUGAACCUACCAAUCACUUGGACAUGGAAACGAUCGAUGCACUUAUUGAUGCAUUACGUGAAUACAAGGGCGGUGUGGUAAUUGUUUCCCACGAUCAACACUUUGUUACGAGCGUGUGUGAAGAAUUAUGGGUCGUCGGUGAUGAAAAGGUUGCUCGCUUUCGUGGUAGUAUGAACGAGUACAAGAACCAUGUUCUAGUCUCGAAAUAG